ACUGUACGGGCCUUCAUGGACUUGGACUCCUUGGGAGUCGUUUCUCGGCCAUUUGACCCGUAGGACUUGUGGGUUUUGUGCUUCUUUUUAUUUCUUUCUUUCCCUUUUUCAGCUUCAGCGAUAGACCCAAAUGUUAGUCGAGUCACGUCCCACCGCCCUCUGCCCUCGAAAUGCUGCCAAGUGCGCGGGCCCGCGAUUGUCACGUGACGCCGGGGUUCAGCGUAUCCUCGCCGGGCAACCGUCUUAGAGACCAGCAUCUCUGGCUGCAACAUGAAUGUGAUCUAUCCACUGGCGGUCCCCAAGGGGCGCAGGCUCUGCUGUGAGGUGUGCGAAGCCCCAGCUGAGCGGGUCUGCGCGGCCUGCACAGUCACUUAUUACUGUGGGGUGGUACAUCAGAAAGCUGACUGGGACAGCAUCCAUGAGAAAAUAUGUCAGCUCUUGAUUCCACUGCGCACUUCUAUGCCCUUCUACAAUUCAGAGGAAGAACGGCAGCAUGGCCUGCAGCAGCUGCAGCAGCGGCAGAAGUAUUUGAUUGAAUUCUGCUACACCGUAGCCCAGAAAUACCUCUUUGAAGGGAAACACGAAGAUGCUGUACCAGCAGCUUUGCAUUCCCUUCGCUUCCGCGUGAACCUGUACGGCCUGAGCUCUGUAGAGCUUGUGCCUGCUUACCUGCUGUUGGCUGAGGCCAGCCUUGGUCUGGGCCGAAUCGUUCAGGCUGAAGAAUAUCUAUUCCAAGCCCAGUGGACAGUCCUCAAAUCAACUGACUGUAGUAAUGCCACCCACUCUUUACUGCAUCGGAACCUGGGACUUCUCUAUAUAGCUAAGAAAAACUAUGAAGAAGCCCGUUAUCAUCUGGCCAAUGAUAUUUAUUUUGCCAGUUGUGCAUUUGGAACAGAGGACAUUAGGACUUCAGGAGGCUACUUCCACCUGGCUAAUAUAUUCUAUGACCUUAAAAAGUUGGACCUGGCAGACACAUUGUACACCAAGGUCUCUGAGAUCUGGCACGCAUAUUUGAACAAUCACUAUCAAGUCCUCUCACAGGCUCACACCCAACAAGUGGAUUUACUGGGCAAACUAUUUGAGAAUGACACUGGCUUGGAUGAAGCCCAAGAAGCAGAAGCCAUUCGCAUCCUGACUUCAAUCUUGAACAUUCGAGAAUCUACAUCUGACAAAGCCCCUCAAAAAACUAUCUUUGUUCUGAAGAUCCUGGUCAUGCUUUACUACCUGAUGAUGAAUUCUUCAAAGGCACAGGAAUAUGGCAUGAGGGCCCUCAGUCUAGCCAAAGAACAACAGCUUGAUGUCCAUGAGCAAAGCGCCAUUCAAGAGUUAUUAAGUCUCAUUUCAACUGAAGACCGUCGCAUUACUUAGUGACCCAUGAGCUCUGCAUCAAGGGUUAUUCCAGGAGCUACGGAACGUCUAAUAUAUUCCAGCCCUGCACAACUGCUUUGAGGUACUGUAGACGGCUGAAGUUUCCACCCUCUUCCCCUGGGAUUACACACAUAGCUGUUAUUUUUUUCUUACACAGCAUAUUGUGGGAAUAUAAAGCUUUAGGCACAGAAAUCAGUAAAAACUGUGUUUGUCAUGACCUUUGUACUUGAUUUAUCAUGACUUUGUAUGAAUAAUAUGUAGUCAGAUCACUAAUAUGGUAUUUGUAAUUAAACUACAAAUAGUUUUUCAUUUUCCCAGAAGUCUCCCAAUGAUGCAUGUCUCAUACACUUUUGCUAAAGGAGGGGUAAAUGAGGGGGUAGGGAAUAAAGCUAUAUUGGAGCAAA